UACACACACUCGACUCACAACACACUUGAAGAGCGGAAGUGAAAUCCCGAAAGUUAAAAAAAUGAGGGAUAUUUCUUAAAGAAAACUUGUCACAGUGUUUGGAUUAUGGAACAAAUCUCACCGACAGUAUGAAAGGCCUGGCGGCCAAGAUCGCACCAGUGCUAAUUUGGUGGAUUUGGGUGACAUUCCUGACAGAUUUUGUGACAGGGUCACCAUGGCACUUGGGCUGUGUCCAUGACAAUGCAUCCUCGCUGAUGUCAGAGAGUGUAGCCCAAGAUUUAGCUGGCAACACCAUCUUCACACCAGCCUCGUGUUCCAGCUCUUGUCAUGAUAGAGGGUACCUCUAUGCCGGGGUACAAAGUGCUGAUAACUGCACCUGUAGCAAUAGUAAAGAAGAAUUUGGAGAGGAGGCGAUAGAUCAACAAUGCAAUAUUUUAUGUGGAAACUGGAGCCUGCCGUGCGGAGGUGACGCUGCUGUCAGCGUUUACUCAGUUGAUGGUCCCUAUUUAUUAACAGCGGAGCUGAGUAAAUCACAACAUCUUGUUCAGGAGGGUUCCACUGUACGAUUUGAAGCUAGAGUGAACCUAGCAGCAGAAACGGUCGCAGAUUUAGGUUUAGAUGGUUUUAAUACCAGCCACUUUGAAGAAAUCGACUUCAUCUGGAGUGUAGAUGGUGAAGAAAGAGGCAGAACAUCCCGUCUCUAUGGCAACUCAUCAGCUGUUGAGAGUUUUGUGCAUACCUUCAGUCUUGAAGGAAAAUGGCAGAUUGAUGUGGAUGUCAGCAACCCCAUAUCCAGACUCCAUCGAACCACCAGCAUCUCUGUGGUUCAACCUCUUCCAGCCGACCUCCAGAUCAUCCUGCGGCCUGUCCAGGGUGAUGGCCCAUCUUGCGUCCCAAUCGAGGAGGCAUCAGCGAUCUUCCUGCCGGCAGUCUCGGUCUUCGUUGGGGAGGAGGUGGAGUUCCAGGCGUCUGUGGCCUUUGGGAUCAACCUGACGUUUGUUUGGAUGUUUGAUGAGGGUGGUGUGGUGAAUGUUACUGAACGCUAUGUGGAGGAGCCUGAAUGUGAAGGGAUUGCUUGCAUGCAGGAUAGCGAGGUUCACAAUUUUACAACAGAGGGUCUGUUCAAUGUCUAUGUGAAUGUCUCUAACUACCUUGGGAGUGUUCAGAAGACAUUACAUGUGGUGGUAGUAAAGCGUGAGGUAACCAACCUGACCAUGUCACUAGCGACUAGCUCUGCCUUCAUAAACAAAGUGAACAGCAGCGUGGGGUUACUCAUCAACAUGGUAGCAACAGCGAGACAACAGGUGCUCCUGCAGGUAGACUUCGGCGACGGGUCGGUGUACAACCACAGCAUGUACGAUGUCAACGACACGUUCAUCACGGUCGGUGAUGAGGGAAAUGCCCAUCUUCAUCUGAUCGCAAGUUAUGGAGAGGGUUGCACUCUGUUCGUCUCUCUGAGCCACAAGUACAGGGAGUCUGGUGUGUUCAUAGUGGAGACUGAAGUCUUCCAGAAGUGGACUAGUGAAAGUGUUGGCUCGGCAAGAUUGGAUUCGGCUGUUGUAGUACAAGAGGAGCUUGGACCCGUCGAGAUUGAAACACUACAGGUGUAUGCGACCAACACUAUAGCAAACUUAAGCUUACAAGCCCCUAUUGUGACUGCUAACAUGUCAUAUGUGUGGACGCUGUCCUCGACGGAUAUGACUUUGAAUCCGAACUGCCAGGAAAUGUGUCUGCAUAACUUCACAGAGCCGGGAGAGUAUGUGGUAGAGGUGACUGCCUCUAAUCUAGUGAGCACAUCCCAUGUGCAGACUAAUGUCGCUGUUCAUGAGGCCGUCAGUGGUCUUGUCCUUGAUGGUGGCAGCGGUGGGAUACUAGCAACAGGCACCACCGUUCAAUUCACAGCCUCCAUGGGAACAGGAAGCGAUGUCCAAUUUACGUGGUCCUUCUCAGAUCUCCUAGGUACCACAGAACAAGUUGACAGCCUUGUGAAUGGAGUCCCCAUCUCUCAUGUCAACCACACGUACCUAACAAGCGGCAUGAAUUAUAAUGUAAGUGUCGCUGCUAGCAAUCUCAUCAGCUCUCAAACCGCUUACCUCUCAAAGGCGAUUCUCAUUCAGGACCCAAUUGUGGGCCUCAGUCUCUUCAGCAACAGCCCAACCUUACUGGGCUCCCCAUCACUCAUCAAUGUCACUCUUCUUCAAGGAACACAAGUGAUGUUCACCGUUGACACUCCUCGAGGCCCUGUGACUCCGCAAGUUCAGUACAUCGAAGAGAACCAAAUUUACAUCUUGGAGUUCAUCUUGAGUAGCCCUGGAGUCCUCCUUGCUACUGUUGUGGCCAGUAACAACGUCUCUUCGGAGAGCGAGUCUGUCGGAUUGGUUAUUCAGGAAAGCAUUGACGCCGUCUCUAUUCAGGAGUUUUAUCCCGGGAAUGGGCAGAUGGUUUUACUUGCGAGGCUGAAUGGUGAAAUAGCCAACGGUAUUGAUGUGAUGUACACGUGGUUCACCAGAGGGACCAAUACAACUAGUGCCAGCCCUGUCUUAGUCUUGCCUGCAUGCUUAAUGCCAGAGAUAGUCUCUGUUCAAGCCAGUAAUCAAGUUGAUGCCAGCUAUGUUGAGAUCUUGGCUGAAUCAGCUCCUCCCCAGUCACUGUACUCCCUCGAUUAUGCUGUCUUCGGUGAGGCAGGAAAACCUUCAUCUUGGACUUUCCAGAUAUCCGAAGAUGGCAAUACUCCAGUACAAGUCCUGGUCAACCAAGGAGGAAGUACCCCAAACACAUCCUAUACUGCCACUCCAGGUUCCCCCCUCACCUGGAACCACACCUACCCGCACCCAGGGGUAUACCCAGUUCAUCUGUGGGUCAGUGGGGCUGGGGAAGAGGUCACAAUGCAGACAAUAGCCGUGAUGGAGACAAAGGUCAGCGGGGUUGAGCUUGCUGGUCCAGCAAUUAGCAAGUUCUAUGGUACGGUUACCUCUCAGUCUUGGGAGGUUAAGCCGUCAUCAGGUACCAAUAUUUUAUACACUUUGACCGUUACGCCGAUUGUGUCGGAUUAUUCCAUCGCACUGAGUGGAUCAAUGGAGACAACUCUGGUGCAAGUUGCUGGCUCACACACAAACAUUUCCAUCCAAUUCCAUGGCCCCGGAAGUUACAACAUCACACUCCAGGCCAGUAACUUCAUCUCUUCCGUCAGGCUCCACUCUGAAACCAUCCUACAGCAGCCCAUUAUCGGUGUUAGCGUUGUUGUCAAAGCCGCUCUCAUCACCACGCCUUCUGUCUUUGAACUCAUCAUCAAGGGCGGGCCGCCUUUUGCUUUCAAGAUUGAGUGUGGGGACGGGGAAAUUCUCACUGUGUCAUCCAAAGACGUUGGAAACGAAGUCAUCAACUUUGUGUUUGACCCACCCGUGUGUGUCUACACACUCAACAAGACCUACUCAAGUCUUGGGCAUUAUGACAGCUCCUUCACAAUAAAUAAUCUUGUCUCGAGGAAGACGUCCGUCGCGACAGCUCGAGUUGAGGAGAUGAUCUCCGGGCUCAGCAUCACAUCUGAGAGUUUGCCGUUGUUGGCCAUCGGGCGGUCGGUGAUGCUCACAGCAACAGUAGAAAGCGGUAAUGACGUAGAAUUCUCCUGGGAUUUUCAGGAUUCAGAUCAUCGCACUACCUUAAUGAACUGCCUCAAUGAAAGCAGAGCCACACAUAUGUUUAGCCUGCCCGGAACCUACCAAGUUUCAGUCAGUGUCAGUAACGAUCUCCAACCCCAACCCCUGAUGGUCACCUACCCCCAGCUCUUCCAUGUGCAAGAACUCGCCUUCGGCCUGGAGCUACACACGCCCACAGGGCUAUCCCGUGGGGCGGCGCUCAACAUUUUGGGAGACCACAGGGCAACAGACCCGCUGGUGUUUGAGGCAAGCUGUUGGGGUUCGGACAUCUUGUUCUACUUUGAAUAUGGCGAUGGGACUGUUGAGAAAGUCGUUGGUGUCUUGGAUUCGUUUGGAGCAUACAAAGGUUCUGGGAACCAUCAGUAUUUACAAGAGGGUAACUACACAGUCGGUGUCACAGCGGGCAAUCUACUCGGCAAUAAAACCUACUACCUACCAGGGCCGUACUACGUUCAAGUUCCACCCACCAAUCUGAGGAGUGGCAGCUCCAUGAAUGCCUACGUGUUCGGUAAUGUGUCACACCUGUCCGUCAGAGUGGAUGCAGGAAGUCAUCUGUUUUAUAAUUGGUCUAUGGGGGACCAGACCGAUUACAUUGAUGUGGGCCCCUCUGUGGAUCACAUCUAUCAUUCCCCGGGUACAUUCCCAGUGACAGUCGUCGCCUUCAACAGAGUCAAAACAAAAAAAACUGACUGGAUGGUGUCCAUUGAGAUCCAGGUUCAGGGUGUGGAGCUCCUCGUGGAAGAGCUGCUGCACCAGACCUACUCCCACAUCACCUUUGAGGCGAAGACCAUCACUGAUGGUGCCCAGUGGUACCAGUGGGAUAUGGGCGAUCAGAGAGAUCCCAAGACAACGAUUGUGAAUACACUGUCCUACUUGUACACACUUCAUGGCAGGUACUACGUAACUGUUGUUGCGGGCAAUAGUGUCAGCAACGCAACCUCCCUCCCUGUGGAAUUAACCGUUCAGACGGCGAUCAACAGUGUGACGAUCAACGCUGGUAGUGCCACCCUCGUCAACCGGAGUACACUGUUUGAGGCCUGGGUUUCAGGGAGCAACAUGAACUUCGUCUGGGAUUUCGGGGACGGAAGCGAGACAGUGUACACCUCAUCUCUCAGCGUCCACCAUAAGUAUAACAGGACGGGAGAGUUUUUCCUGCACCUUCAAGCGUCCAAUUUAGUCAGCAACUCUUCCGCCUCGUCCAAGAUCUUCGUCUUGACCAGGAUGUGCCAUCCACCUGUCCUGGACAUCGUUGGAGCUGACCCUAGAACGGAGAUCCAUUCCGAGGACAUCCGCGCCGAAGCCGAGGUUCAGAUAGACUGUGAGGUCACUAACCUGGCUCUCUACACCUGGACGCUCAAACAUUCAGAAAACGGCAGCCUUGUUCUCCUUGAUCCUAACAGGGCGUCCUUGGAUCAGCGUACUCUCUUCAUACCCAGACUGUACCUUCCUUAUGGAUCCUAUGUUUUCUCACUUGAUGUGAGCAUGAACGGAACUAUCGUCUACUCCCAAGACAGCAUCUCCAUUGAGGUGACAAAAAGCCCGCUCGUUGGCAUUAUAAACGGCGGGACGAGACGCUUCUUCGGCAUGGACAUGAUCGCGACCCUUAACGGCAGCUACUCUUAUGAUCCAGACAAUCCCAAUGAUGACGAUCUGAGCUACGCUUGGACCUGCAACCCCAUAAACAUCCCUACUGCUCCAUGCUUCAACACCACCAAGCUCUCGCUGGCCAACCAGACAUCCUUCCUGUCAUCCAGUAAUGCCUCCAUCGCCUUCAACACGUCAUGGCUGCUGGUCAACGGCUCGGAUUCUUUCGUCUUCACCUUGAGGGUCAGCAAAGAGGGCAGAGAUGAUGCAGAGGUCAACCAGGUCUUGACCCUUGCCGUCGAGCAGGUUGCUGGGACCAACUUACCGCUACUUAUCGACUGCCACAAGUGCCAGGAUGGUUUUGUUAACAGCAAUGAUCACUUGACGCUUGAAGCAGUCUGCACGGAUUGCAGUGAAAAUGUCACUUAUACAUGGGAGCUGUACGUCGUCCUGGAUGGUACAACAUUUGACAACACCGUCGACUUAAUCUCAGAUCAGCGUUGUGAGUCAGGGGAUGGCUCUUACGGCCAGUAUCUUGUGUCCAAUGACAGCUCUGGAUCAACACCGUCUUCCAGCCCCGAGGAGGAAACCAACAUCAUCAGUCAGAGCACUGUGACAAGUGGUACGUCUACCCCGCAGAACAGCGUCAGCAAUGUAAUAAGUACAGGAAUAUUGACACCAGGUGGCACAGGAGAAGAUGCUGGUGAUGGAUCAACUCAGCCAAAUACUACAUCAGCUUCCAAUGAAACCAUUCCCUUCGAGGGAAGCUAUGAUGGCGGUGACCCUGGUGAGGGGGCAGGAAGCAUCAAGGAAGGGAGUUUCCUAGAAAAUGUUGACGGCUUUGUCGAAGAGACAGGAGGUAGUUUGACUGGAGAUGUACUUAGUGGAACCCCUGAUGCAGCUCAAGGAAGUUUUGUAGAAGACACAGCUGCAAGUUCUCCGGAAGCUGCAUCAUUUGUUGAGGCUACCAAUGCAUCUUUUGUUCAGGUUCUUGGAAACACGUCAGCUGAGGUAACUGUCACUAUGGUAGCAGGUGUUAGCUUUGAAGAAGCUGGAGACAGUACAGUGGAAACUGGAAACAGCUUUGAGGAAGCAGGGGGCGGAGGAAGCAUUGUUGAAACUGGCGGUAGCUUUGAAGAAGCAGUUGGGAGCUUCGAAGAAGCUGCAGGAAGUUUUGAAGAAGCUGCAGGUAGCUUUGAAGAAGCCACUGGAAGCAUAGCAGAAACAACAGGCAGCUUGGAUGAAGCUACUGGCAGCUUGGAAGAAGAUGCUGGUAGCUUUGCAGAAGCCACUGGAAGCAUAGCAGAAACAACAGGUAGCUUGGAUGAAGCUACUGGCAGCUUGGAUGAAGCUACUGGCAGCUUAGGAGAAGCUAUUGGCAGCUUGGAUGAAGCUGCUGAAAGCUUGGAUGAAGCUACUGGCAGCUUAGGAGAAGCUAUUGGCAGCUUGGAUGAAGCUACUGACAGCUUGGAUGAAGCUACUGACAUCUUGGAUACUGGCAGCUUUGAAGAAGCUGCAGGUAGUUUUGAUGAAGCUACUGGAAGCAUUGCAGAAACAACAGGUAGCUUGGAUGAAGCUACUGACAGCUUGGACGAAGCUACUGGCAGCUUCGACGAAGCUACUGGCAGCUUGGAUGAAGCUACGGGCAGCUUGGAUGAAGCUACGGGCAGCUUGGAUGAAGCUACUGGCAGCUUAGAUGAAGCUACUGGCAGCUUCGAUGAAGCUACUGGCAGCUUCGAUGAAGCUACUGGCAGCUUCGAUGAAGCUACUGGCAGUGGGGACGCAGCAAAUACUAGUCAAGGAACCAGCUUGGAUGAAACUGGCCAAGCUACAGGUAGCUUCGACGAAGCUGGAAGCAGCUUUGGAGAGGCUGUUGGAAGUCUUGACGAAGACACUCCUGGAUCAGCUACCUCAAAUGGGACCCAGGGACCCGGAGCUUCCCUCAUCGAGGACACUGGAUCUUCCCUCACGGAAGUUUCAAACAAUUCCCCAAGUAAUCAAGAUACGACUGUCGACAAUAAUUAUGAGGAAGAUCUGGACACCAAUGUCGAUGAACCUAUUCAAGACACGAACCAGCCUAGUCAGAAUGGCAGCCAAGGAGUUGGUGUAGGCGGUGGAACAUUCACUGGGGAAUUCGAGGGUUCUUAUGAGGACUACCCAGAGGAAUAUUUGGGUCACAGUGAGGAGACAGAUCAAAAUCCUCCACCACCCAUGGGGGACACAGACCCAAGUGAGUCCAUUACAGAUCCCGGUGACGAAGUCAGAGUCGAUGAGGAAUUCAUAAUCAUCAACGACCACAUUGUAUCCAAGUCUCUCCAGCAGAGGGUGCUGUCCUCUGGAGAUACAACGACAGGUCUGAACGGUCGAGCCCUCACCCUCAGAGAGGGGGUGCUGCAGGAGAGUCGGACAUACGCCAUUGUGGUCCAGGCACAUAGUCACGAGAAUGGGAUUACCAGGAUAGGGGAAGCCCAUCAGUACACCCUGGUUAACACCGGCCCCAGGGCUGGUCUGUGUUCCAUCACUCCAGGUGAUGGCACUGAAAUGGAAACGGUUUUCACAAUACAAUGCCUUGGCUGGCAGGACCAGCAUGCACCAAUUCAGUAUGAGAUUAGUUACAGCCUCAAUGAGACCGAAGACCUCACCAUUCUGUACUUCGGCAUGAAACACGCUGUCAAGUUCCAGCUUCCGGCCGGCUAUGAGAACAACAGCCACAGGGUUUAUGUGAAGGUAGCCAUAGUCGAUGGCCAGGGAGGGAAGACGUCUGUCUGCUCCAUCAACAUCCAAGUCCUGCCUAAGACGUUCAGUCCAGGGAAGAGCGUGGAGGAAUUCUUGUACAACGUGACAGUCGCGCCAUCCAACCUCUUGAGUGUGUACACAGAGCAGGGAGACCAGCACAACCUGAACGGGUUCAUCAACAUGGCGGCGUGUAUCCUGAAUCGGCAGGUUCCUCUGACUGCGGCGAGAUCAGACUAUACGAGGCUGUUGUCCCUGAGGCGGCACAUCCGGUACGCUCUGGUUGCAGCCGGUAAAGCCCUGCCAAUGAGAGACCAGUUUGAGAUUCAGCAAAGCAGCCAGGCAACCGCAGCAAGUAGCUAUGUCCCACUAGAGCUCAAAGCUUCCACGGUCAUUCUAGCGGCCGAGUUGAUUGAGACGUGUAGCAAGAACACCAUCGCCAACGUCCACCUCUCUGGGAAUCUGGACAUAGACAUCCUCGUGGCCUUGACCAGCACAAUGUCCAGCGUGGUCAGCGCAUUGGGCUUGGACCACACCCUUGAUAUUGGGAUGCAUAAUCGGGUAACAGCUGUCAACAGAACGCUCAAUGGUGUCUUGGAUCUCUUGCAGACCUACCUGCAAACACAGAAGCCAGGGGAGGAGCCCCUUCUCAUACAGACCAGCUCAGUGGAUGUCAUAGGCUCCCGGCAGACAACGCUAGCCAACAUUGACCUUACAGCCGGCCAGAAUGCCUUCAAGCUACCGGCGGGUAUAGAGCAGGAGCUGAUCCAGCAGAACGGGGUGGAUAAGAUUGGGGCGUACAUGUGCCAUGACAUGGGGAUUACAUGCUGGGAUGUGGAUAUGAUUACGUAUCAGGUCAACCCCUUCACGUGGGGAGCCGGUGCGGAGAAGGUGACAACUGGUGUUUCAUCACUCAACCUGCACUCCUGCACCGGCCAUGAUCUGAUAGUGGAGAACUUGCCCGCUGGUAAAGAAGUCAAGUUUGAAGUGGAGCACACCUCUAAAUCCCGAGGGGAAGUUAUGGCCUUUGACAUGACCUUUGAUAGAUCCGACAUGAAUAUUCAUGAGUUCAAUGUGUCCGAGGAGAACAUGGGUCAGACGUUCCAGAUUAUGGUGCAGAUGAGACCGGAGGUGAAGCGAGCGUUCCCAGUCAAACUCAUCAUGAGAUUUGGUGUAAGGCCGACGCCCACCCUCUAUGACACAUCUUGGUCUAGUGAAGAAAUGACAGAAGAUCAGAUAAUAUUCCUGCCUCCAUCUUCAUUCAACGAGAGUGGGAUAUACUACCUAGCACUGAUAGAUGCUGACUAUGGUGACAGUACAUACAGGCAGGAUGAGGUCAAUCAGAGGAACUACUUGAUCAGAUUGUGGUGGGGAGAGUGUCUCUAUUGGAAUACUGAAAUAGAUUCUUGGGUAAAUGACGGUUGUAGAGUGAUGGAGUCUUCUAACUACGAUCAAACUCAGUGUAGAUGUAAUCAUCUGACGUCCUUUGGAGUCAGCUUCCUCCCCGUCUCCAUCUUCUUGGAUAUCGUUAGCUUGCAGGUUUUUGAAAUGCCGAAUGCCAACCCGAUCACCUAUUCCUUUACAGCCAGCUUCCUGGGCAUCUACAUCAUCCUGUUUAUUUACUGUCACUUGGCAGACAAACACGAUGAGAAGAAACAAGGGCUGAUCUACCUAUGGGACAACAACCCUGCAGACCAACAGUAUUAUGAGAUCACAAUGGAAACGGGUAUGCGAGCGGGUGCCGGGACGACAGCCAGGGUGAGCGUGGUCCUUCAUGGGGAGGAGGGUCACUCAGAGACCAAGGAACUCAUCUGCAAAGGGAAGCACAUCUUUGAGAAGAAUUCCAGGGAUCGCUUCAUCAUAAGCGUUCCGGAGUCCCUAGGCAACAUGCAGAAGGUCCAUGUGUGGCACAACAACGCCGGUGUCUCUCCGAGCUGGUUCUUGAGCCGCGUGGCCGUCCGCGACCUCAUCAACGGCCAGAAGUGGUACUUCAUCUGUGAGAGGUGGUUUGCUGUGGAGGAAGAUGAUGGGAAGAUCGAGAGAGAGUUGGAGGUCAUGGACAAAGGUGUUGGUUUCCAGAAGGCAUUCUUCGCCAAGUUGUUUCAGUAUUUCUCUGACUACUAUCUUUGGAGUUCCGUCUUCACCCGUCCCCCGUACAGUGUCUUUACCAGGGUGCAGCGUCUGACCUGCUGUAUGUGUAUCUCAAUGGGAUUCAUGUGCAUCAACACCAUCUGGUAUCAGCAUCUCGACAAAGAGGAAGUUGAGCUUGGUCUGAUUGAUGUUUCCGGAGAAGCGAUGCUAGUGGGAAUAGUGACGGCCCUACUGGCUAUCCCAAUCAACUUCCCUGUAAUCAUGGUCUUCAGACGAACGAGGGCAAGACGUGAAGAGAUUGAGGAGGAGAAGACGUUCAGGAGCGUGAAGGCAACGGUUGAUAUUCCAGAAUCAGCUGAACCAGUGGAGACGAUUCUGAAUGAGGGCAGCUGGGAUUCAGGCAUGGGUGAACAUUCCGAUACUAACCUACAUGAUCUGCAGGGCUGGGCCCAAGAGAAGUGGAAGAACAGGCAAAGGAGCUCCAUCAACCAGAGCAAGAGCAGCAGCCGCGCUGCUAGUGAGGUCAGUCGAAGCUACGACUCCCUCAGCUUCACCAGUACCUCAGACGCAUCCCUGAGCAGUAGAGGCAAGCACGCCGAUGUCAGCGACAGCGGGGUGAGCUCACCGGACACCCACAGCAUGCAGUCCAACUACCUGGCUGGAUGCUACCAGGCUGACCAUAAGAGGUUGACCAGUCCUAAGAUAUGGUUGCCUAACUGGUGUGGGAUGCUAGCCUGGGGGAUCUGUGUCUUCAUCUCUGUCUUCUCUGCCUGGAUCUCCAUUUAUUACGGAUACAGGUUCAGCAAUGUCAAGUCUGUGUACUGGAUGCAGUCUGUCUACUUCUCAUUCCUUCAGUGCAUAUUUGUCACCCAGCCAGCUGUGAUGUUGAUGUUCACCAUUGCAACCUCUGUGAGACACAAAAACAACAUUCGCAUCUUUGAUCACUAUGACGACAACAUUGACCUGAUUGACAAGAAGAGCCUGGAGAGAGCACGACUGGAGAUGUACGAUAAUGACUUGGCUAAGGCUGUCGCUGCCAGACAGAGAUCUCGCUACUUGAGAUUUGCUCGCCCCCCUCAGGAAAAAGAACUGCAGAAGGCCAAGGAGAAGAUGCUGAAAGAGAAGAACAUGUGGGCAAUCCUCAAGGAUGUGAUAAUGUGCACUACAUUGUUUGCCUGUCUCAUGUGGAUGGCAUACGGACGCCAGGUUGCCUACCAUUAUCCUGCUAACCAAGGGAUCAGACAGACCUUCUUGCAAACGCCGCAUCCUUUCACAAAUAUCUCAACUGUGGAUAAUCUAUGGCAGUGGCUCAAUGAAGACUUUCUGGACACGCUCUAUUGGGAAACAUGGUACAAUGGAGAACAUGUUACUGAAGAGAAGAAGUCCAUCAUGAGUGGUGAUACCAUCCUCUUGGGCAAGGCCAGCCUUCGCCAAGUCCGCAUCAGACAUCAGUCCUGUCCCCUUGCUGUCCAAGCCCAGUAUAUCUUCAACGACUGCAAGUCCAGCUACCAUGUUGAUGUCCAGUCCACACAACCGUACGGACCGGACGGGUCAUGGGUCCACUCCAGCCGGGAGACACUGAAGCGUUAUCAGAAAUGGGGCAAGUUUGGAUCGUAUGAAGGAGAUGGGUAUAACGUGGAUCUGAAUAACAGCAGGCAAGAAGCAGCUUCACAGCUGCGAUUUCUAGAGAACCAUUCUUGGAUUGAUGAUCAGACGAGGGCGAUCUUCGUUGAGUUUACGCUAUACAACGCGCCUACAAAUCUGUACACGUCGGUGGCUUUGCUUGCUGAAAUGCCAGGCACUGGUGCUGUCCAUCCCCUGCCCAAGAUUGAGUCCGUCCUGCUGCAUCAUUAUGAGACCUCCUAUGAUUAUUUCAUCAUGUGCGGUGAGCUUCUGUUCUUACUUCUAGUUGCAGUAUCUGGCAUGAGAGCAGUUCAGAAACUCGUCAAGAUCAAAGCGCAAUUCUUCCAAAGUGCGUGGUCAUGGAUUGAGAUUGGCAUGAUACUUUUGUCACUGACGUACUUUGCUUUGUACGUUUGCCGUUUUGUCUUUGUCAACAAUGCCACUCAGCACCUGAGAGGAACCUACAUGGAGGAGUUUGUAGAUAUGUCCUUCCUUGCUUACUGGGAUCAGAUUCUGAAGGAUUUAUUGGGGAGUAUUAUCUUCCUUGCCUGCAUCAAGUUCCUACAUUUACUGCGUUUCAACCAGACUGUUGCAAUGUUUGGGGCCGUCAUUGAUGGCGCAGUCAAAGAAAUUCUUGUAUUUGCUUUGUACCUAGUGAUCCUUGAAGUCGCCUUUGCCUGUCUGGGUGUGCUCCUGUUCUGCACCCAUUUCUACCCACUGAAGCACCUGCACAUCUCCCCUAACAUCCUAAUUGGCAUGAUUGUAGGCCACCCUUCAGAUGCCCAAGGUCUCGCCAUGGAGUUCCCUACCUUGUGGCCGAUGUUCUACUCUGUGUACAUCAUCUGUAUGGUCGUUCUAAUGGCUGGAUUGAUAAAAGCCAUCUUGUGUCACAGCUACAAGAAGACCAAGCAGGAAGGCAUUCAGGCCGUGGGUGGCAAAGAGGUCAUUUUCUUCUUCUGGAAUAUGUUCCUGAUCCGUGUCGGACUCAGAAGACUCCCUGAGGAAGACAAGCCAACAACUUUACCAACGGAGUUUACGAUGGCGGAGAUCGAAUACCAGGUGGAUGAGCUGCUGUUCCGGAUGAACGCCAUCUCCAAUCAGCACGGCCUACCAGAGAAGCCAUAUGGAUACUUUGAGGACUCUGAUUGCACCCAUGGCAUGAUGGAAGAUGGGAUGUCUAGCACCUGCUCCGAGAUGAAUCUCUUUGACAGCGCCCGCCUUGAGGACAGGGUGCAGAAGAUUGAAACCCAGUUGUACAAUCACAACCCUGAGCUAAGGGAACUCCUCGAUGGCAACUGCUUCACAGACGAAGACAGAGAGAAACAGCUUAGGGCACAUCUAGAGCUUGAGAUCUUUCGCCAGCUGCAGCUUCAGCGUCAAGAUGAGUUCCGGCAGCACCACGAGUUGCACGACAGCGGCCAUGACACGCAGUCAACCUCAGAGCACAUGGAGCUUGGCAGCGACAACAUUUCCCUGGAUCCACCUCAAGCCCUCCCGAACAUCCGAGACGCCCAGGGGCGACUCAGCUUUCCGAAGCCAAUGAUGAAUCUGGGAACUUUAGACAUGCAGGCAGCACCUUCAAUACACCUGCAGCAAUCAAGCUUCAUUAAUCGUAAGCAAGCUUGGGGUCAACAGAUGGCUGCUGGAGGACCUCUAGUCCAAAGACCUGUCGCCACCCUGGGGUUAGCUACGGUACCCACGGACAGGCCUUACAGCUCCAGGCGGCCCAACACUACCGGGAAACCAGACAAGCGAAGACAGCCUGAUCACAGAGUGAAACCCCUCUCGGCAUCAUUCAUCAGACGUGAUCCCCAGUUGCUGUCCAGCUCAGAAGUCCUGGAUACCCAGAGCAGCACCUCGUCUUCAAACUAUGUACACAGAACAGACUCCCUGUCAUCGCACGCUAGCGACCUCGUGAUCUCACAGGUCAACGCUGCCCUGGCAGGCUCCAACAGGUGUUGGGACAGUCAUAGAGAGGCCCCCAGGAACGCACCCUUCAGGCGUGAAUCUAAGCAAGACCUGGAUCAUCUGGUACGAGACUACCCAGACGGGGAGCAACCCGUCGAGAGAGCGAUCAGCAUCGAGAGCUUCCCUCUUCCAAAUGCGUUGGACAGUCUGUCCUCCAGCUCCGGGAACGAGAAGACCAAUCCUUACAAGCCACAGAAGGGAAGCAAAGAGGCAGAUGCCAGACAUCGGCUGCGCAAGACUAGAUCCCGCGGGAAGGGUAAAGGUCGGCGGCGCUAUGAUGAAGCGGUUUAUGUGAACGAAGCGUUUAGUACGGACAGUGAGGAAGAGAUACCUGUUAUCCAGAUGGGACCAGCUAGUAUGCACCAUGACAGGAGAUAGUGGGAUGGUACGGGGGCAUGUGAUGUUCCUAAUUCGGGCCGUCUAAUGCACAUCAGACAAUCAGUAUUCUAGUUAGGAUUUGAAACUUUGCAUGUGGGGAGUAUAAUCAGGGGAGGUUUGUGGUAGCACCGUGUGUAAAUCUCUUCUGAGUAGUGUUAAGCCCGCUUCAUACUUCCUGCGAAUGCGAAGCAAAUCUGAUGUGAAUUUGACGCCACAACCCUCCUUUCGCAGCGAUAUUCGCAAGUGAGGUGAGCGGAGUUCAACUGCUGGGAACUAUUUGUUGCGAAUUUGUGACGUCAACAUUCGUAUUGCAUUCGCAGGAAGUAUGAACCAGGCUUUAGUUCUAAAAAAAAAAAAAAAAAUUGGAUGACAUCUCAAUGUUUUUCUCCUAAAGAGGAUCAUAUACUGAUCGAGUGGUCAACCACCAAUUCUUUUUCAGAACCAACACUACUAAAAAAAAGGUUCACACAUGUUGCUACCACAAACCUCAUCUAAUCAGUAUUCUCCAUAAAAAUUUUUCGCUUACUGGAAAAAACAGUAAAACUUAAACAAGUUAAUGUCUUCACUAAAUUAUCCCAUCAGCUUGUUCAUUACAGAGCUCCAAUACAAACUGCUGCAUGCUUUAGAUCAGGGAUGUGAAAUUUCAGAGUUAUAUCAGACUUUUUUAGUCAACCUGGUGUAGAAAAUCAGCCAUUAUUGAUUCCACAUACAAAUAUAUCAUAUUUUUUGAACUACUUCUCUAGUGCCACGGACACUGUUCCUAAAAGCUCUGUGAAGUCCGAACUCCCCUUGGUUACCAAAAGGUAAAAACAUUUCCUAGUUACAGACUUUUUGUCAGCAAUGUCUUUCACCCCAGUAAGACCAUUGAUGGCCUUAAUUUAAGGCUGAAGAAAUUGUGCUGUUGAGGGGAAACCAGUAGAAAUGAAAGUAUUUGAGAAAUGGCACGCAAACUGGUCCGAUUGGCAAGUGACUGAAAUAAAAAAUACCCUUGGCCUUUCUCAAAAAAUUCAUUGAUUUUGUCGGCUGGUCAAAAAAUCGAUCAAUCAAUCAAUUAAUCUAAUUUAUAUAGUACCAACUUAAAAAAGUUUGCUCUGAGGGGUGAUCGGUAAUCCUGCGGGCACAGAUAAGCUGUGAUGACAAUUUUUUAAAUUGUAAUAAUAACAGCACUAAAUUUUUUUUACUGAAACAAAAUAUUUUCAAUUAACAUUUUUUUUCCUCUGAAAUCAUGUGUGCUAAAUUCUUUAUCUCGUCCAAAAGCCAAGUUCUUUCUGAGUGUGUAAAAGUUGAUGUAGGCAUUUGUAGCAAUCAUUGUAAAUAAUCUUCCACUAUAUUCAUUUUUUAGAGAGCUGUACUGAUGGAUUUAGUAUCAGUAGCAUGUCCAUAUUUUAAAAUAGUUUUUUUUUUUAUCCCCCAAGUAGUUAUGUUACGUUCUUUGCAAACACUGCAAAAGGAGUGAAUUCUACGUCAGUCAGAAACUUGUUCCUGUUCAUGGUUGUUUGGUCAGCAAAGCGCACCCUUGAACCCCACCCUAAAGCUGCUGAUUGUGUUGUGCUUUUGUCCUUGUUUUCUCUACAAGACUUUGAAGUACUACUAAGUACAGACCAAGACAAAACAAAAUCUUGACAAACAGCACGUUAUUACAUUCUAUUUAUAGCUUUCACGCAGAAACAUGAAGGGCUCAUUUUACUGAUUUUUUAUACAGUACUGGAAUAUUUUAAUAAAAUUUUCAUGAAAUCAUUAACUUGCAAUUUCUCUCAUAUAAACUUACGGACAUUCAUUCUUCAAAAUUAUUUUGUAAACUAAAAGGUGUACAUGUCAUACUGUAGAAUAUAACUGUGGUUGUGUCAUACCAUGGAGGAAGGAAGAGAAGGAGCUCGAACGAAGGGACUUCAAAAGUCAAACCCGUGGUACCGCAACCGU